AUGCCGGCACUCGUUACGGAUUCAAGCUCGAAGAAGCGCAAGAGUGGCAAGAAUGCCAGCGCUCCGUCCUCCAAGCGUCGCGCGGUCGCCGAGGACAAUUUCGCUGAGAAAUUGGCGACUAUCCAAGAGCUAGAGAAUCAAAUUGCGGAGUCGCGGAAGCACUACAACAAUAUUGCGACUCUUAUCUCCAUGCUCAAUGUCGAGAAGUCCGCCGAAUCCCCCGAGUUGGCUGUGGCAGUCUCUCUGUGCCGUGUGUUCGGUCGAUUGCUUGCCGGAGGAAAUCUCACAGAAUCGAGCCGGGCUGCCGAGAACGAGAAGAUUGUUGCGGCGUGGCUGAAGGAGCGCUGCAUUGAAUACCAAAAUGCCCUUCUGGCUAUCAUGCGUCAGGCUGAUCCAUCUUCUCAGAUCACUGCCCUCACGCUGAGCAUGCGCCUUCUCAAGGAACGAAUCGCCCAUAUCCCCGGUGCGGAAAAUAAUGUGUGGUCGACUGGUUUCUUCCGGGAUAUCUUCACGGCCGUCGUUGAAGCCCGCGGUGCGCAGGAUCUACAAUCCGAAUUCAUCACCAAGUUCGUCAAGGAAUUUGAGGAUGUGAGAUACUACACCUUCGCGCAGAUUGGUGACUAUGCUUCCACCAAACGAUCCUCGGAAAUCCUCGAGACCCUCAUCACAAUCCUUCAGACCUGCGAUGUUGCACCUGACGCGGAGCACAAGUUCGAAAACUUCUAUGCGAAACGAGAUACCAAGAACAAGCGAGUGGUCUCGGCCAAUUCACACAAGAAGCAAGCCCAGGAGGCUUGGUUGGCCAUUCUUCGAAACAACCUCUCCCAAUCACAGCGCAAAAACUUGCUGCGCAUGAUGGUCCACAACAUCGAGCCGUGGUUCAACCGACCGGAACUACUGAUGGACUUCUUGACAGACUCGUACAACGUCGGAGGAGCUACAUCUCUUCUCGCCUUGUCGGGUCUCUUCUAUCUGAUCCAAGAGAAGAACCUCGACUACCCCCAAUUCUACACAAAACUGUAUUCCCUCCUCAAUGCCGAUCUUCUACACUCGAAGCAUCGCUCAAAAUUCUUCCGCCUCUUGAACACCUUCUUGUCCUCCACCCAUCUUCCCGCCACCUUGGUCGCCAGUUUCAUCAAGCGUCUUGGUCGGUUGGCACUCAACGCCCCUCCCUCCGCCAUCGUUGUCAUUGUUCCUUUCAUGUACAACUUCUUCAAAAGCCACCCCACGACCUCUUUCAUGCUCCACCGAUCAAUCCGCGACAAGGAUGAACUUGCCGAGGUGGAGAAGGAAGGCAUGGACGACCCCUAUGACCCGAACGAGUCGGACCCCCACAUGACAGACGCCAUUGAAAGCAGUUUGUGGGAGAUUGAGACUCUCCAAUCCCACUUCCACCCCAACGUUGCAGCCAUUGCCCGGAUUAUCUCCGAGCAGUUCACCAAGCAGGCAUACAGUCUGGAAGACUUCCUUGAUCACACAUACCAGGGUAUGGUGGAGGCCGAGCUGGGUGUGGAAGAGCGGAAUCUGAAGAAGCUUCCUGUUGUAGAGUACCAGAUCCCCAAGCGUAUCUUCACAGAUCGUCUAUUAGAAGAAGAUGGUGGUGUUGAUUCUGGGGCUGGCUGUUUCAUGCGUGGUCUGUGGGAGUUCUGA